CCCGCCCCGCUCUGCUCCGACCUUGCCGCGGCGCAGCCGGGGUGGGAGGUGGGGAGGAGCAGCGGGAGGAGCGGAGCGAGGGCAGCGCCGGGCGCAGUCUCCAAUGAGCUGCGCGCAACCUGCGCCCCUGACGACCCGAGCCCUCUGCGCCCCCUCCCCACGGUUCACCUGGUGCCAGGAACGGACUGGUGCGACUUCCCACGGCUCCCCACGUUCUACAGAGGCGCCUGCCCCCGGAUCCUGAGCACCCUGGCUGUGGCAGAAGCCUGGGGGACCCGACCUGGGCCUGCGGAUCUUGGCAAACGUUCCCCCUCAGCCUCCCCAGCUGGUCUGGCCUCGCCCCACGGACCAUGGCCUUGCCCCCAUGAGCUAAAGCCUGUGCCUCGGCACCUGCCUGCCGCCAGCCAGCAGGAUGCAGCUGUGGAAGGCGGUGGUGGUGACCCUGGCCUUCAUGAGCAUGGACGUCGGCAUGACCACGGCCAUCUACGUCCUCAGCCACCUGGACCGCAGCCUGCUGGAGGACAUCCGCCAUUUCAACAUCUUUGACUCGGUGCUGGACCUCUGGGCGGCCUGCCUGUACCGCAGCUGCUUGCUGCUGGGAGCCACCAUCGGCGUGGCCAAGAACAGCGCCCUGGGGCCCCGGCGGCUCCGGGCCUCCUGGACGGUCGUCGCCCUCGUGUGCCUCUCCGCGGGCAUCUACACCGUGGUGAAGCUGCUACUCUUCUCCGAGGUGCGCAAGCCAGUGCGGGACCCGUGGUUCUGGGCCCUGUUUGCGUGGACUUACCUCUCGCUCGCCGCCUCCUUAGUGCUCUGGUGGCUGCUGUCCACAGUGCGGCCGGACGCCAAGGCCCUGGAGCGGGGGGCCGAGGCCGAGGGCUUCCCCCGGGAGGACCGGCCCCCUCGUGAGCAGGCCUCCGGGGCCACGCUACGGAAGCUGCUGUCCUACACCAAGCCGGACGUGGCCUUCCUCGUGGCAGCCUCCUUCUUCCUCGUCAUGGCAGCUCUGGGAGAGACCUUCCUUCCCUACUACACCGGCCGGGCCAUUGACGGCAUUGUCAUCCAGAAGAGCAUGGAGCAGUUCAGCACGGCGGUCAUUGUCAUGUGCCUGCUGGCCAUCGGCAGCUCAUUUGCCGCAGGUAUUCGGGGCGGCAUUUUUACCCUCAUAUUUGCCAGACUGAACAUUCGCCUUCGAAACCGUCUCUUCCGCUCACUGGUGUCCCAGGAGAUGAGCUUCUUUGACGAGAACCGCACAGGGGACCUCAUCUCCCGCCUCACCUCGGACACCACCAUGGUCAGCGACUUGGUGUCGCAGAAUAUCAACAUCUUCUUGCGGAACACGGUCAAGGUCACGGGCGUGGUAGUCUUCAUGUUCAGCCUCUCGUGGCAGCUCUCCUUGGUCACCUUCAUGGGCUUCCCCAUCAUCAUGAUGGUGUCCGACAUCUACGGCAAGUACUACAAGAGACUCUCCAAAGAGGUCCAGAACGCCCUGGCAAGGGCCAGCAGCACAGCCGAGGAGACCAUCAGUGCCAUGAAGACAGUGCGGAGCUUUGCCAACGAGGAGGAGGAGGCCGAGGUGUACUCCCGGAAGCUUCAGCAGGUGUACAAGCUGAAUAGGAAGGAGGCCGCAGCCUACACGUAUUACGUCUGGGGCAGCGGGCUCACGCUGCUGGUAGUCCAGGUCAGCAUCCUCUACUACGGGGGCCACCUCGUCAUCUCGGGGCAGAUGACCAGCGGCAACCUCAUCUCCUUCAUCAUCUAUGAGUUUGUCCUGGGAGACUGUAUGGAGUCCGUGGGCUCCGUCUAUAGUGGCCUGAUGCAGGGAGUGGGGGCCGCUGAGAAGGUGUUCGAGUUCAUUGACCGGCAGCCAACCAUGGUGCAUGAUGGGAACUUGGCCCCUGACCACCUGGAGGGCCGGGUGGACUUUGAGAACGUGACCUUCACCUACCGCACUCGGCCCCACACCCAAGUCCUGCAGAAUGUGUCCUUCAGCCUGUCCCCAGGAAAGGUGACCGCGCUCGUGGGACCCUCGGGCAGUGGGAAGAGUUCCUGCGUCAACAUCCUGGAGAACUUCUACCCGCUGGAGGGGGGCUGCGUGCUGCUGGAUGGGAAGCCCAUCAGCGCCUAUGACCACAAGUACCUGCACCGCGUGAUCUCCCUGGUGAGCCAGGAGCCCGUGCUCUUCGCCCGCUCCAUCACAGACAACAUCUCCUACGGCCUGCCCGCCGUGCCCUUCGAGAUGGUGGUGGAGGCUGCACAGAAGGCAAAUGCCCAUGGCUUCAUCAUGGAGCUCCAGGACGGCUACAAUACAGAGACUGGGGAGAAGGGCGCCCAGCUGUCGGGCGGCCAGAAGCAGCGGGUGGCCAUGGCCCGGGCUCUGGUGCGGAACCCACCCGUCCUCAUCUUGGACGAAGCCACCAGUGCUCUGGAUGCGGAGAGCGAGUACCUGAUCCAGCAGGCCAUCCACGGCAACCUGCGCAAGCACACGGUGCUCAUCAUCGCACACCGCCUGAGCACGGUGGAGCGCGCGCACCUCAUCGUGGUGCUGGACAAGGGCCGCGUGGUACAGCAGGGCACGCACCAGCAGCUGCUGGCCCAGGGCGGCCUCUACGCCAAGCUGGUGCAGCGGCAGAUGCUGGGGCUCGAGCCCGCCUCGGACUUCUCGGCAGGCCACAAGGAGCCGCCGGGCAGCGGCGGUCACAAGGCCUGACCGCGGGCCCUGCCUCUCACGGUGGGGCCGAGGCCCUGGCGCCCGCCUGGCAGAUGGACCCGUGGGGGCCCCCCCACGCUGCCCCCUGAGCCCAGGCCCACAGCACUGGAGGGCAACCUGCCACGUCCCACGUGUCACUGCUUCCUGCAUCGUGCCCCCGGUUCCCACCCCGUCCGCCGGGCCACCACCAGCCCCCCGCCCCCCUUCCCUGUUGCCAUGAGCCGCCUCCUCCAGCCGGGGCAGUGGAGACACCACUGGUCUCUCCAUCUGGUCUCCCAAGGCUUCUAAGAGAAGGUAGAACCACCUUUUUAAACCAAGAUCUUACCAGGUUUUUUACUGCUUGGUUCGAUGGGCUCCAGUCAACUCCCAGAUUUCAAAAACACUUUUUUUUUUUAAUUGGGAGUAAUGAUGGGCAAGGUCACUGAGAUGUUCUAGAAACUUCUGAGCCAGGAGUGAAUGAUCCUUCCUAAUAGCCUGGGGGAUUCCAGGGGAGAACUAGGCCUCUACCCUUUGCCCCUUGAGAGACGGGGCUUUUCUGUCCCAGAUGGGGGACACAGAGGAGGGGACUUCCUCUCUCACUCUUCCCAGCUUCGUGAGUCAGGCCAAGGGUCAGCAGGGAGAGUGGGAACACCUGUCUGCCCGUGGUCCCUGCCGCCCUGCCAAAUCUAAGCCAGUCUUACUGUGAACCACUACUAACCUUAACUGGGGGAGUGAGGGGCUGGCCAGGCCUGGCAGAGCCUCAGGGUGUCCCCAGCCCUGCACCCAGCUUGAUCUGCCUCAUCCCCUGCUCCCAUCACCCCCCUUCCAGCCGGCAGCCCCCCUCCCACAUCCACCCCUGCCGCUCUGCUCUUCGGAGGCCCGGAGGCCCUUCAGAUGUUGGAUGCUUGAGAGACACAUUUUCUUCCCUGUCUGAUAGAUGGGACGGUGGCAAAGCUCAGGCUCUGGCUUUGCGGGGGGGGUGGG